GCAAAAACCCCCCAAACCAAAAGUCUUUUAUUCUCAUCAAUUCACACGCUGUCCUAUUCACUAUUGUGGAAAAAGUACACCACACACCAAUCUUGACUUCCAAGUCCAAAGGUAUGAAAUGAACCUCAUAAUCCCCUGUUUCCUCCUCCUCCUCCUCUGUUUCUGUAAUGGCUUCUGAUCACAGUAAACCACUUCUGCUACCGAAAAUCAGUACGAACGGCGAUGGUGCUUUUUUUCAUUGUGGACUGACUUGCAAUACAGAAACAAACCCAUAUGGGUUUUGUUUGGCUUCUUGUUUUAAGGUCUGUCCUGAAGUUUGUAAAUACCUUACAUCAGUCUUUGAUGAUCCUUUAUGUCCUCCAUCCCCGCCGCCGUCGCCUCAACCUUCCUAUUCGAGGCCUACACUUGCAAACAGGGGUGCUGUAUUACCAAGAUCUGUUCUCAAAUUUGGUCUAAUAUUUUUGUCUGCUUUAAUUACUGGUGUUUUUCUUUUGGGGCUUGUAUGGCAGGCUUGGAAAUUUUACAAAUCUAGACAGAACGAUACCUUUGAUUCAAGCAGAAGAAGGAAUUCCCCAAUGUUGUUCCAUACCCAAGAGAGUUUUCGUGAUGAAAAUCAAGGGCCGGAGAUUGAUCAUCCAAUCUGGUACAUCAACACUGUGGGUCUGCAACAAUCAAUCAUUGAUUCAAUCACAGUUUGUAAGUAUAAGAAGGAUGAAGGGUUGAUUGAAGGUACAGAUUGCUCUGUUUGCUUGAGUGAGUUUGAAGAAGAUGAAAGUCUUCGUCUUUUGCCAAAGUGUAGCCAUGCCUUUCACAUUCCUUGUAUUGAUACAUGGUUGAGGUCGCAUAAGAAUUGCCCUUUGUGUCGUGCCCCUAUUGUCUCCGACAACUAUGCAGCUGUUCAAGAUCAGUCAUCAAUGGAGUCUGUUAAUUCGAAUGAUUUGGAUUCGAGAGAGGAAGCAGAAGAGGAGAAUAUAGUAAGUGGAGAGGUGGGAGGAGGUGAAACUAGCGGAUUGAGGAUUGAAGAGCAGAAUAGCCCAGUUGAAGCAAAAGGAUUGAAUUAUCCCUCUCGGGUUCGAAGCGAUUUAGUUGAGAAUCGACAAGCAUCGACAGAAGGUGAACUACAACCGCUGAGAAGGUCGGUAUCAAUGGAUUCAGUAUCAGCAAUGAGGAUCUACAGUGCUGUAGCUAAUGUUGUUCCUGUUACUGAUAAUCAGUUCGUGGCAAGUAAGAAGUCGAAAUCAAAGAUUUCUUCUUCCAAGCGAAGGAGUGGAAGCUUUAGUGUGAUGAAACUGAUGAGUGGUUCUUCAAUUGGGCCUAUUGUGAUGAAAAGAUCUUUCUCCUCAAGUGGAAAGGCGGCCUCCUCAUCAUCUCAAGGUAAUAGAAGCCUUGACUCAAUCCUUCCCUUGUGAAGGAAAAUCAACUGCCAACUGGAAAAUAAGAACAUCAUAAGGUAUGUGGUUCUGAAGAAGAGGGUUUUGAAGGAAGAAAACAAUCAAUCCUGGGAAAAAUAAGCUAUAUUCCUCAGGCGGGGAUGAUGGUUCAUGCAACAGAAAUAUUAAGUGCAAUAGAAACAUCAAAGAUCCUGAAACUGCCUUUUGUGAAUAUUUUUAUGUUCAAGCUCAAGCUAUGGGUUGUUUUUUUUUUUGUGCAAGACAAAAUUUUAUUAAACAGAGAAGGAGAAAUUAGGGGGACUAUUCCCUAAGAUUAAGCUAUGUUUCUCUUAUGUGUUCUUCCA